GUCACAGAAGACAGUCGUGCUCCAGGAUGGACGUGGAUUGUGCGCGCUCCCGCGGUGUGGCGUCGCUCCGUGGUUAAAGCGGAUGUUUAUUUAUUUAUUUGUUUGUUUGUUUUCUUGUUUUUCCGCCUCAUCACUGCACCGUCUCCACCACGAACUCGAGCCGAUGCUCCGCGUCCUCACAGCGGCGUCUCCCCCCCCACCCCCCGCACAUGGACACUCACACACUGCGCAAACCUGCGUGGAUGUGACGCGCGUGAUUCGGUGAAAAACAAGAAGACGACGCUGAGGAAACUGAAGAAACUUUCCCUGCUGUGUCUGCGUGGAGCUUCAUCAUCAUCACCAGAUUCCUCAUGAAGGUUCACUGCAGCUGAGCUUCCUGCACUGGAGUUGGGAUUAAGAUCUGCGUGCACCGGGAUUUACCGGGAAUCACCGGGAUUUACCGGGAAUAAUCAUGUGGACGCCGACGGAAGACGAGAAGAUCGGAGUGGUGAUCUGCUGCUUCCGAGGUUCGGUGACUCAGGGUUUGGCUCUGGAGGUCGGAGAGACGGUUCAGAUUCUGGAGAAGUGUGAAGGAUGGUACAGAGGAUUUUCAACGAGGAAGCCAAACGUGAAGGGAGUUUUUCCCGCCGACUACGUUCACCUGAAGAAAGCCGUCGUCACCAAUCGAGGUCCUCAUGAGACGGUGGUUCCUCUUGAAGACCCCAUCGUCACCGAGGUGACGUCCACGCUGCAGGAAUGGGCGUUACUGUGGAAACAGCUCUACGUGAAGCACAAGGUCGAUCUGUUCUACAAGGUUCGUCAUGUGAUGAUGGAACUGAUCGACCUGAGGAGGCAGCUCCUGUCUGGUCACCUGACCCAGGACCAGAGCCGAGACGUCAAGAGACACAUCACUGUCAGACUGGACUGGGGCAACGAACACCUCGGUCUGGAUUUGGUCCCAAGAAAAGAGUUUGAGAUGGUGGACGAGGACCAGAUAAGUGUCUCUGAUCUCUAUAAAAUGCAUCUGUCAAGCAGACACAGUGUCCAGCAGAGUACAACACAGAGCGACGGUACACGGCAGAGACACGGGGACCCGAGCCGAGUCCCGGUCCCACACCACCUACUGGUCAACCUGAAGAGCUUCACCUACAACAGCAUUGGAGAGGACACAGACAUUUUCUUCUCACUGUACGACCUGAGAGAGGGGAAGACUAUCAGUGAAAAGUUCAUGGUGAGACUGAACAAGAACGGAGGACCAAAGAAUCCAGAGAAGGUGGACAGACUGUGUGCACUGUUCACGGAUCUGAGCAACAAAGACAUGAAGAGAGAUCUUUACAUUGUGUCUCAGGUCAUCAGGACAGGUCGUAUGUUGCUGAACGACAGUAAGAAGGGUCCGCCUCACGUCCAGUACCGCCGGCCGUACGGCUGCGCAGUGCUGGCCAUGAGCGACGUCCUGCAGACCAUCUCUGAACUCAAGGAGGAGAAAGACUUUGUCCUCAAGGUUUACACGUGUAACAAUGAGAACGAAUGGUACCAGAUCCACGAGAACAUCAUCCGCAAGUCCAGCACCAAGUACACGGCUCCCACCACCAACUAUGGUCUGAUCAUCUCUCUGCAGCUGCUGCGCGGUGACAUGGAGCAGGUUCGCCGGGAGAACCCGCUCAUUUUCACCAGGGGCGUGGCCAUCACGCGCAAACUGGGGUUUCCAGACGUCAUCAUGCCCGGCGACAUCCGCAACGACCUGUACCUGACGCUGGAGCGAGGGGACUUUGAGAGAGGAGGGAAGAGCGUUCAGAAGAACAUCGAAGUCACCAUUUACGUGCUUUACGCCGAUGGAGAAAUUCUCAAGGAUUGUAUCAGUGUGGGUUCGGGGGAGCCCAGCGUACCCGAGCAUCGCUCCUUCGUUCUCUAUCACAACAACAGCCCACGGUGGAGUGAGGUCAUCAAACUGCCGAUUCCCAUCGACCGCUUCAGAGGCUCGCACAUACGCUUCGAGUUCAGACACUGCUCCACGAAGGACAAAGGAGAGAAGAAGCUGUUUGGGUUUUCCUUCACUCCUCUGAUGAGGGAGGACGGUACGACUCUUUCAGACGAGAGCCACGAACUCUACGUUUACAAGUGUGACGAGAACACCACCUUCAGUAACCACGCCCUCUACCUGGGCCUGCCCUGCUGUAAGGAGGACUUCAGCAGCUGCCCCAGUAUUCCCUCCAGCCUCGUCUUCCAGCGCAGCGCCAAGGAGUCCUUCUGGAUCUCCACACAGCUCUCGUCCACCAAGCUCACACAGAACGUCGACCUCCUGGCUCUGCUCAAGUGGAAAGCUCAUCCGGACCGGGUCAUGGACAUUCUGGGCCGACUGAGACACGUCAGUGGAGAAGAGAUUGUCAAGUUUCUCCAAGACAUUCUGGACACCUUGUUCUCCAUCUUGGACGACAACACGGAUAAAUAUGGACCACUGGUGUUCCAGUCACUGGUGUUCAUCAUAAAUCUGCUCAGAGACGGUAAAUAUUACCACUUCAGACCCGUCAUGGACACGUACAUACAGAAACACUUCGCUGGAGCUUUGGCCUACAAAGAGUUGAUCCGCUGUCUGAAGUGGUACAUGGAUCGCUCAGCUGAGGUGGUGAGACAGGAUCACAUACAGGAGGCCAUGAGGGCCCUGGAGUAUCUGUUUAAGUUCAUCGUGCAGUCCCGGGUCCUUUACUCUCGCGCCACCUGUGGUAUGGAGGAGGAACUGUUCCGCACCAGCAUCCAGGAACUCUUCCAGUCCAUCCGCUUUGUCCUCAGCCUGGACAGUCGCAACUCUGAGACACUCAUCUUCACACAGGCUGCCCUCUUGAACUCGUUCCCCGCCGUCUUCGACGAGCUGCUGCAGAUGUUCACGGUGCAGGAGGUGGCGGAGUUUGUGCGUGGCACGCUGGGCAGCAUGCCGUCCACCGUCCACAUCGGACAGUCCAUGGACGUGGUGAAGCUGCAGUCCAUCGCCCGCACGGUGGACAGCAGGCUCUUCUCGUUCCCAGAGUCUCGGCGGAUCCUCCUCCCUGUGGUUCUACAUCACAUCCAUCUUCACCUGAGGCAACAGAAAGAGCUGCUCAUCUGCUCUGGGAUUCUCAGCUCCAUAUUAUCUAUUAUCAAGACCAGCUCACUGGACACGUCGGUGCAGGAGGAGGUGGAGAUGAUGGUGGAGUCUCUGCUGGACGUCCUCCUGCAGACACUGCUGUCUAUCAUGAGCAAGAGCCAAUCGCAGGAGGCGGUAAGGGGUCAACGCUGUCCGCAGUGCACCGCGGAGAUCACUGGAGAGUACGUGUCCUGUCUCCUGUCCCUCCUCAGACAGAUGACGGACGUCCACUUCCAGCACCUGAUGGACAACUUUCAGAGCAAAGACGAGCUGAAGGAAUUCCUGCUGAAGAUUUUGUGCGUGUUCAGGAAUCUGAUGAAGCUCAGCAUUUUUCCUCGUGACUGGAACGUCAUGAGACUCCUCACCAGCAACAUCAUCCUCACCACAGCUCAGUAUCUGUCUCCUGCUCUUCACAAGAACUUCACUGAGGCUGAGUUUGACUUUAAGGUGUGGAACUCGUACUUCAGUCUGGCUGUCCUCUACAUCAACCAGCCCAGUCUACAGCUGGAAAACCUGAGUUCUGCAAAGAGGAAGAAGGCUCUGGACAAGUACGGUGACAUGAGAGUGAUGAUGACCUACGAACUCUUCAGCAUGUGGCAGAACCUGGGGGAGAAUAAGAUCCACUUCAUUCCUGGGAUGAUCGGCCCGUUCCUGGGAGUGACGCUGGUUCCUCAGGUGGAGGUGAGAAACGUCAUGAUUCCCAUCUUCCACGACAUGAUGGACUGGGAACAGCGCAAGAACGGGAAUUUCAAACAGGUGGAGGCUGAACUGAUCGAUAAACUGGACAGUUUGGUGUCUGAAGGCAAAGGUGAUGAGAACUACAGAGAGCUCUUCAGUCUGCUAACCCAGCUGUUUGGGCCUUACCCCAGUCUGCUGGAGAAGAUUGAGCAGGAGACGUGGAGGGAGACAGGAGUGUCCUUCGUUACCUCGGUAACACGGCUGAUGGAGCGACUGCUGGACUACCGUGACUGCAUGAAAGGAGACGAGACGGAGAACAAGAAGAUCGGCUGCACCGUCAACCUCCUGAACUUCUACAAGUCCGAGAUCAACAAGGAGGAGAUGUACAUCCGCUACAUCCACAAGCUGUGUGACAUGCAUCUACAGGCGGAGAACUACACCGAGGCUGCGUUCACUCUGCUCUUGUACUGGGAGCUGCUGCACUGGGACGAGCGGCCGCUCAAAGAGUUCCUUCACUAUCCUGCUCAGAGUGAGUGGCAUCGCAAAGAGGGGCUCUGUCGAAAGGUCAUCCACUACUUCAACAAGGGAAAGUGUUGGGAGUAUGGUAUUCCCCUUUGCAGGGAGCUGGCCUUCCAGUAUGAGUCUCUGUACGACUACCAGAGUCUGAGCUGGAUACGGAAAAUGGAGGCAGCAUAUUAUGACAACAUCAUGGAGCAGCAGCGUCUGGAGCCAGAGUUCUUCAGGGUGGGAUUUUACGGCAGGAAGUUUCCCUUCUUCCUCAGAAACAAGGAGUUUGUGUGUCGCGGCCAUGACUACGAGAGGUUAGAGGCCUUCCAGCAAAGGAUGCUGGGAGAAUUCCCACAAGCCAUUGCGAUGCAGCACCCCAAUCAGCCGGACGAGGCCAUUCUGCAGUGUGACGCGCAGUAUCUCCAGAUCUACGCAGUGACCCCGGUGCCAGACGGCGUCAGCGUGCUCCAGAUGGACAGAGUACCGGACCGCAUCAAGAGCUUCUACCGGGUCAACAACGUCCGCCGCUUCCGCUACGACCGGCCGUUCCACAAAGGACCCAAAGACCGAGACAAUGAGUUCAAGAGUCUGUGGAUUGAGAGGACCACACUGAUCCUCACUCACCCUCUGCCCGGCAUCUCUCGCUGGUUUGAGGUGGAGAAGCGAGAGCUGGUGGAGGUGAGUCCGUUGGAAAACGCCGUGUCUGUGGUGGAGAACAAGAACCAGGAGCUGCGGACGCUGAUCAGUCAGUACCAGCACAAGCAGCUGCACGGCAACAUCAACCUGCUCAGCAUGACGCUGAACGGCGUCAUUGACGCCGCCGUCAAUGGAGGCAUCGCCAGAUACCAAGAGGCUUUCUUUGAUAAAGACUACAUCAACAGUCAUCCUGAAGACACAGAGAAGAUCACACAACUCAAAGAUCUGAUGCAGGAGCAGGUUCACAUCCUCGGGGUCGGCCUGGCGGUACACGAGAAGCUGGUGCACCCGGAAAUGCGCCCCCUGCACAAAAAGCUGAUCGAUCAGUUCCAGAUGAUGAGGAGCAGCCUCUUCCACGGUUUGCCUGGUUUAGACAGAACCGGCUCAGGAGCCAACACUCCCAGAGGGAUCCUGGCGUCUCACACGCCCAUGAGCCCCGAGAGCUUCAAACUCAUGCACCGACACAGCCCGAUAGCUGUUUUGACUCCAGUGCGAAACUCCUCCUCUCUCUCCUCGCACAACUCCAGUGAGAUGGGGAACGUUGGGAAUCUGCUGAUCCUGGCUGACGGCGUGGUGGUGGAGCAUCCUGAAGACUUCUACCGCAUGCAGCCAAGCCCCUCCUCCUCCAGCCUGAGCUCCACCCACUCUGCACCCUCUCAGAUGAUAAACUCCGCCCCGUCGACAAUCAGAGUGGGUUCUCCUUCUCUACCAGACAAAUACAGACACAACAGAGAAAUGUUGAUGCUGCUGCCGCCGCACAGAGACCGACCGAGCAGCGCCAUGUACUCCAACAUCACAGACAACGGACAGCAGAUGAACUUCCAGAGAGCUUUGUUCCAUCAGGUGAUCGGUCCAUGUAAACCCUGCAGUGAUCCAAACCUGUCUGUGGCUGAAAAAGUCCUGACCACUCCCAGUAGUUGGAGUUUGGACAGUGGAACCAGAGAAGCUCUUCCCUUCCUCUCUGCUCACGUUGCCAGUGUCACAGCGCCUCCUGUUCCCCCGCGCAACCUGCCUCAUGUCACUCCUGCUGUGUCCCCCCCUGUAGGCCAACACCCGCCGAUGCACUUUGACGCUUUCCACCAGCAGGUCAGCGACCUCCCUCCAGCUCUCCCAGCGCGCUCCUUAAGAAAGUCUCCCCUUCACCCUAUACCUGCCUCGCCCACCAGUCCUCAGUCCAUCCUGGAUGGCAGUAACUCCACGUUAUCGGGCAGCGCCAGCUCUGGAGUCUCCUCCCUCAGCGAGAGUAACUUCGGUGGCCCGGCCUCCUCCUCUGACCCUCCAGCCAGUCGCACGGACACCCUGGAGUCCGCCCCCAGCAGCCAGGCCUGGACCACCGACCAGGAGGACCUGGACUCGCCCUACCAGCCCGUCAGGUACAGCGCCUCCGAGCCCGAGGUCCUGGACGGAACCAAACCCCCUGCCUGUCGCAGCCAGUCCGCCCCGGGAGGAGUCACUCCGGGUUCAGCCUCCACCCCACUGCAGCAGCAGCAGCAGCAGGAUGGCUUGCCGCACCCUCUCCACCUCUACUACCACCACCACCACUUCCUCCCGCACUACCUCCCCCACCACCCGCCUCUCUACCAACUCCACGAGCCGCCCCCAGCCCUGCCCCCCAAGCCCUACCUCAGAGAGGGGUGUAUCCCUGAAGAGGACGCCCUCAACUCCCAGUCUCCGCCUCCGCCGCCUGCACCGCGACCCAUGCCGCGGAAAAUCUCCCAGCCCAUCAUCACGGCCACCAAGGACGAGCAGGCCAAGGUGGCGUGGGAGCACGGCAUCGGAGAGGAGUGAGACGUCGACAGAGGAUCUGUGUAAAAAACAAACCUCUUUUCGGAGGAGACAUGGAAAUGUGAGAGAGGAAGAGACUCCGCCCACUCGUCCUGCUCCGAUAACCAAACACUGAUGAGGUAAAAGCUUGAAGGUUAAAAAUGACGCGUUUACAACUCAACGUCGCUGGAUUUGUUCAGAUUAUUAGCGCUAAUCCAAUCCAGACUCAUCGUGAUUCGUCGGUCAAACUUUUUUGUUUUUUUUUUGUCAUUGAUUUGCAUCAAUUAAUGUUCAUUUUAAUCGCACUGAUAUCUAAUGACGGUCCAACGACUUUAAGGCACUUUAAGAGAAACAUUAUUGUAUUACUGUUAUUUUUUCUAAUGUGACGAAAUCAAGGCAAAGACGGAUGAUGUCACGUGACGAGAAAUCAUAAUAACAAAUGUGGAAAAACAGAGUGAGGCUUAAAGCUGCUGUCAGUGACUUAGCUAACGUGCCGCUGGAGGCGGGGCAUUUAUUCACCGACAAACAAUCACAUGAGGGAUGGAUGUUGUAAAAAGAGUUGAUGAUGACAUUGUUUUCUUUUGUCGCAUAAAUUACAAGAAAAAGUUGUAUUUUAAAUUCAAAAUGGCCGACUUCCUGUUGGGUCAGGCUCAGUCUUUUGUGUCACGUAUGACGUUUCAAGCGCAUCGGUCAAUGUCACAGUUAUAGGGCACUUCCUGUUUGUUGGCAAAUAGUCGCCAAAAUUCCAAUGGUUGCCGUGGCCACGCCCUUUUGAAUCCGCAAGAUUUUUUGAUAACUUUUCACCUUUGAUGUGUCUAGUACAGUUUGACACGUGUUGGUACGAUAAACGCGCUCAGACGAGUUCAUUCAUUUACGAAAACGUGCAAUUCGCAAAGAUGAACGCCAAAUUCAAAAUGGCCGACUUCCUGUUGCACUGAGGCCAUGGUCCCAAUAGAUUUUUUGUUUGUCGUGGGCCAUGAAAUGUUUCCACCAAGUUUAAUAGAAUUUGGUGCAAAUUAGUUUCGGCUUUGUCCUACUUUGUUUCACAUUUUUGCACCACAUUUACCCAUUUCUCUUAUUUUUUUAAAUGUUCCGCCUGUUCUGAUUUGUGACGUUUAAAACGUCAAAAACGCGAUCGUUUAGAGAGAAAAUAAAAAGAAUUCCAUGAAUUCCAAUAGGUAUGGUCCCUAAUUAGAGACGGCGCUAACACCCUGGAUUCUUGAUUAAGUGACCACACUUCAACAUCGCAUUUGUGAGGAGUAGCAGAAACGUUAGCUUUGCUAAAGUAUUUGUACGAGUUUCUACAUUGUUACACGCGAAGUCAUUAAAUUUAGCAAAGUGAGUCCAACUCCUUCAAGCAUAACGCGGUGCAGCACGACAAAUCUUCACCAGACUUUGGAGGCAAUUUUUGUCGCCAUUGACGAACAGUAUCGAUUUAGUCCCGGUUCUAGAUUACCUGUUCUGUCCCACAAGGGAACCGCCUCUUUGUGGAGUUCUUGCGAAAAAUGUCUCUGUGUCACUGAGGUAAAUCUGAAUGAAGAGUUUCAUACACACAAUUUUACAAAAUAACAAAAAAAUUUCGGGGACUGUUUUUACGAGAUUUUUGCAAAAUAGAGCAGAAACAUCAUGUAGGACACACCCACUCCAUCGCAGGGAAUCACCCAGAACCUUUUUUUUUUCAUCCGACUCAUUUGAUCCAAAUCUAAACCAGGUAGCUGUGCUGUGUGAAAAGUUUGGAUGAAAAAAGUCCCGCUCUACGUUUUCCGCUGAGUUUUAAUAUCGCAUAUUUUAACGCAAGAAACAUCACUGACUGCAGCUUUAAAUAAUUCAGGAGUUAUCCAGAGCUGAAAGAUUUCUAUUUAUUUAUUUUCCAACUGAAGAAUCAAGAUAAAUGUAUAAUAACUAUAAACACAUAUAUAUAUAUAUAUACAUAUAUGUGUAUAUAUAUACACACACAUAUAUAUAUAUAUAUAUAUGUGUGUAUAUAUACACACACACAUAUAUAUAUAUGUAUAUAAAAAGGUGAAGCCUGUGGGGGAAUAUGCAAGUGAAAUGGCUUAACUGAACAAAUGUGAAGAUCAACACAGUAUUUGUUUACGAUAAACACUGUCGCGUGUUUCUGUCGUAGAAUUAAAAAAUUCUCGCUCAUUGUGUUUGUUUUUCACGAUUUUUUUUUUACCUGUUGCAAAGCUUGUGAAUUUGAUUCCUGCCUCAGUAAAUAAUAAUAAUAAUAAUAAUGAUAAUAAUGCAUUAUAACUUGUUUAUUACUGUAGAUUUGUAGACAGUGAUAAGUUAAUAACAGGUACGUUAAAGUGCACAGUGUUUGCAGACUUAACAAAAAGCUCACCAAAUAAGAUGUCAGAACACAUGUCAUCUGUACGAUAUCUUAAGAAAUAUGUUUGCUCUUAUAUCGCACUGUUAGACAGACUUUUACAUUUGGAAAUGAAGUUUGGAAACCACUCACUCUCCCACACCAAAGUCCAUAGACUCUCGGGGACGCAGGAGCUGCUGGUCUUCUGCUGCCUCGAGUGUCACUCAGGUAAAUCUGAACGAAGAAUUUCAUACACAGAAUUUUACAAUAUAAAUUCUUUUGUCAUGUUAUUGGAUUUUUUUCAUGUCUGUUUUUACGAGAUUUUUUUUUCAGGUCUGUUUUUAUGAGAAUGUUUUUCCGGGUCCAAAAAAAAAUCUCAUAAAAACAACCUUUUUAAAAAUUAUUGUAGGUGAAUGCAAUACGCUUCCAUACGCUUUCACACCAAAUUCCAUAGAAAAAAAUCAGCAAUUUUAGCUCUCUGGGACACAAGAGCUGCUGGUCUACUGCUGCCUCGUGUGGUCAGUUUGUGUCCCUGAGGUGUGUUGUGUGCUGUGACGUUAAAACCUCUGAUUUUCUCUAUGGGGUUUGGUGCAGGGUUGACAAACUUUACUUUCCACUCCAAAAAAGGUUGUUUUAACGGUGAGAAAAGUUCCAAACACACAUUCUUAAGACAUGAUAGACGUAAACUGAUGAUUUUAGGAUAAAAUCUGAAGGUUUUUUUUUUUACAGCCAUGUUUUCACUGAGAACCAGCGACCAUGUCUGAAACUGGUUUGUCAAAAAAACAUUUUUAAAACCAUGAAAAAACCGAGAGUGAGUUUAUAAAAAAGAUGAUUUCCGUUAUAACUUGUAUGUUUAAAUGCUGCAUCAGAUUUUUAUAAAAGUAGCUGAUAUUUCGUGUAUUUAUACGCAUCCUAAACACGUUUGAAUUUUUGUUCUUUUUGCCGUAAAAACAACAGCAAACAAACAAACGCAUUCACUUACUUUUCUCUAACUCUUCAGAUUAUUUCAGGGCAGCUGAGGAAAAGUGUGUGAAAAUCCAGACCGUUGGUUGGUUACUAUGACAACAUUCCUUUGUACAACAAUGUACAGACAAAUCUUUAUUGUGUUAGCAUGUUCAUAAGCUGUGACGUUCACGAUGGUAGAUGUAAAUACUCACGUUUUUCUUUUUGUUUGUUUUUCCUACUCACUAACUGCUGUGUUGUGGAUUAUUGACCGAUAUUAAACCAUGUUUUAUUGACUCA